CUCCGCACUCUGCCUUGACGGACACGGCCGAGGCUGCAGCACCGUGAUAAGGCCUCCAUUGGCUUGAUGGCGUUGGCGGCCAGCGCUUUGCUGCAGAUUGGACCCACUCCGCCCGGCUGCAGCGCCAACGUCCGGACCGUCCGGUGGCCCACCUCCCGCUCCAGCCGCUCCAGCACAGCCAAGUGUCCAGUGAAGUUUCCAGUGGAGUUUCCAGUGGAGUGUCCAGUGAAGUGUCCAGUGGAGUGUCCUGUGAAGUGUCCAGUGAAGUGUCAAGUGAAGUGUCCAGUGAAGUGUCCAGUGAGGUGCCGCUGAAGGCGUAAACCACCGUGUCCGCGCCCAACACGCUGGAGCCCAGGAUGCGCUUGCUGGCGGUACUGGUGUCGCUGGCGUCGCUGCAGAUGGCGGAGCAGCGAGUCCUCGACGAGGAGCCGUCGCCGUCCUCCACCAGGACGCCGACGAUCGUGGACCCCGUCCAGGGCCUCGACGUCCUCGGCGGUGAGCCGCAGCCCGGCGUCAUGGCCGCGUCCGCCGUGCCGCCGCCGUCCGCGCACUCAGUGGUGCUCAACGUCCGCGCCAGCGACGUGGAGGCCCUCACGCACUACCUGCGCGCGCACUACAGGAGAAUGUGGCUCCGGAAGUCCCCGCUGACUCACCUCGACGCCGAGCUGGGCCCGGGGCAGUGCGACCCGGACGAGUGCUACUCCAACUGCUACCUGCAGGGCUUCCAUGGCGGCAACUGCAAGGAGAACAAGUGCUUCUGCACGACGGCGCCGCCAGUGCCUCCCGUCAACCAGGAUGACCCAUCCACGACCUAGCCCCAAGUUUCUUUUUUUUUUUAAAUUAGGUUUAAGCGUCAUUAUUUAUUGUAUUUAUAAUUAGGAUAUUUUGUAAGUGGUAGGACCUACUAGUCAUAUGAAAGUGAGGUGUUAGUGUGUAGGUGUCGUCGAGAGUGAGUGCGUGAGUACGUGAGUGAGUGUUGGUGCGAGUGACAGAGUGGGAGCGAGAGAAAUGUAUAGAUCGACCUGCGAAUAAAGAACUCACUUCAGUCGCA